AUGAUUGAUGGAGGGGUGCACUUGAAUUGGGACAACUUCAAGAGGGUCUUCCUUGAGAAGUACUUCCUGGAUGAUGUGAGGAGUCAGAAGGAAGUGGAAUUCCUUGAGUUGAAGCAAGGGAAUGACAUAGUGGCAGAGUAUGCUGCCAAAUUUGAUGUUUUGGUUUGCUAUUGUACUCACUACCAUGGUGAGGGUGGUGAAAGAGUUAAGUGCAUAAAGUUUGUAAAUGGUUUGCAUCCUGAGGUGAAGACUGCAAUUAACUAUCAGGAGAUCUAUCACUUUUCUACUCUGGUUAACGAGAGUAGCAUCUACGAUCAUGACAACCAUGCAAGUGCUGCUUUCUACAAGGGAGCGGGAGGUCCUAUGCGUUUUUUCCAAGGGAAUCAAGUUGCUACUAGUGGGAGCAAGUCACAUGUUGCAAGAAGCAAGCCUUAUGCUGGAAGAUCUGUGGUGAGUGGCAUAGGGAGUGUUGGAGGCUUUGUUUCUACUCCCACGAAUCGAUGCAAGAAGUGUGGGCGACGUGGUCACACUAGCUAUGAAUGUCUUGACAAGGAUGUCACAUGUUUCAAUUGUAGAGGAAAGGGUCACAUUAGCACCCAAUGUCCUGAAGCACCAAGACCACGUGCUACAGGAUCGGAUGUCCAAGCUGAGUGUCCAAAGGCUACUGGGAGAGUAUUUUCUCUUAGCGGUGCUGAAGCCGCUCAGUUUGAAAAUCUAAUACAAGUGGAUAGACUCACCAAGUUUGCUUGUUUUACCCUUAUUGAUAUAGAUAUUCCUUAG